AUGACAUCGAGGUCGAGCACUGCCGCAUUCGUGGCGGCUGCGCUCACGGUGGGAUUCUGCGGGGGCCAUUCGUUCACGGCCUUCGUCGCGUCGCCUUCAAGCAGGGGUCCGUCAAGCCAUCCUGAGGCGCCCCUGGGCCUCCGGCAGGCGCGAGACGCCCCUGCGGACGACGCGCCGCCAGCCGCUCCGCCCACGGGCCUCCUUCUGGUCGGCGCCUCCGCCGCGCUCUUGCUGCUCACGGGCACCUCGCCGCGCGCCGGCGCUGGCAGGAGGCAGGCGGCGGCCGCUGCGCCGCGCGGCCCGGCGCCACUGCGCGCCUUCGAGAACGAAACCGGCGUGCAGGACCCGAUGGGCUUCUGGGACCCAGCCGGGUUCACCUUUGACGGGAGCGUGGAGAACUUCGCGCGCCGCCGCCAGACGGAGCUCAAGCACGGUCGCGUGUCCAUGCUGGCCACCAUGGGCUACAUCACCCCCGAGGUCAGCGGGAAGUUCCCUGGCUAUUUGUCUCCGUCGUCGGAGCUGAAGUUCGCGGACAUCCCGAACGGCCUGGGCGCCAUCUCCAAGGUGCCCGCGGCGGGCUGGGCGCAGAUCGUUGCCUACGCCGCGUUCUGCGAGCUGUCCCAGAACCAGUCCGCGGGCACGCCGGCGGCGAAGGGCGACUUCGGCUGGAAGGUGCUCACCGCCAGCGACCCGACGGAGAGGCAGAAGAAGCUGGCUGCUGAGAUAGCGAACGGUCGCCUUGCCAUGAUGGCAAUCAUCGGGAUGUUCUUCCAGGACGGGCUGACGGGCUCCGCGUGGGGCGACUGGGCUCUGUACACCGACUCCCCGCUGCGAGCGUUCGAGAGCGAGUUGGGUGCUAUGGCGCCGUUUGGUUUCUGGGAUCCCGCUGGCAUGUGCGCAGACGGUGAUGUGGAGUCCUUCAAGCGAAGGCGUGCCACCGAGCUGAAGCACGGGCGAUUGGCAAUGUUCGCGUGCUUGGGCUAUAUCGUGCCGGAGUUUUACAAGUGGCCCGGAUAUUGCUCCGAGAGCAAGGGCUUGCUCUUUCAGGACAUCCCCAACGGCCUUGCGGCGGUGUCCAAGGUGCCGGGCGCGGGAUGGGUGCAGGUAUUUCUGUUCUGUGGCACCGUCGAGAAGGCCGUCCUCGUGCACGAUCCUACGCGUGCACCCGGGGACUUUGCGAACGGUGGCGUGCUCGGCGUGCCCAACGGCAGCGCCAUGCCGGCGGGAGAGGGCAGGAACCGCAAGCUGACUUCCGAGAUUGCGAAUGGCCGUUUGGCAAUGAUGGCAAUCAUCGGGAUGUUCUUCCAAGACGGCCUCACUGGCUCCGCGUGGGGCGACUGGGCUCUGUACACUGACUCCCCGCUGCGCGCGUUCGAGAACGAGACGGGCGUGCAGGACCCGAUGGGUUUCUGGGACCCAGCUGGCUUCACCUUCGACGGGAGCGUGGAGAAUUUCGCGCGCCGCCGGCAGACGGAGCUCAAGCACGGUCGCGUGUCCAUGCUGGCCACCAUGGGCUACAUCACCCCCGAGGUCAGCGGGAAGUUCCCUGGCUAUUUGUCUCCGUCGUCGGAGCUGAAGUUCGCGGACAUCCCGAACGGCCUGGGCGCCAUCUCCAAGGUGCCCGCGGCGGGCUGGGCGCAGAUCGUUGCCUACGCCGCGUUCUGCGAGCUGUCCCAGAACCAGUCCGCGGGCACGCCGGCGGCGAAGGGCGACUUCGGCUGGAAGGUGCUCACCGACAGCGACCCGACGGAGAGGCAGAAGAAGCUGGCUGCUGAGAUAGCGAACGGUCGCCUUGCUAUGGUGGCAAUCAUCGGGAUGUUCUUCCAGACGGCCUCACUGGCUCCGCGUGGGGCGACUGGGCUCUGUAUACUGACUCCCCGCUGCGCGCGUUCGAGAACGAGACGGGCGUGCAGGACCCGAUGGGCUUCUGGGACCCAGCUGGCUUCACCUUCGACGGGAGCGUGGAGAAUUUCGCGCGCCGCCGGCAGACGGAGCUCAAACACGGUCGCGUGUCCAUGUUGGCCACCAUGGGCUACAUCACCCCCGAGGUCAGCGGGAAGUUCCCUGGCUAUUUGUCUCCGUCGUCGGAGCUGA